UUUGGGGGUGGCGGUGUGCGCUGUCGGGGUUGGUUGGUUCAUCCAUGGCAAGUGUGACGAAGCAUAUGAUACCCCAAAUUCUAUUGUUCGUUGUUUGCGUCGUGAUAUUUAAUCAUACAGCAAAGAUUGAGCAGCAAAAACAGCAGCGGCCGCCUGAGACUGAGGAGACAGUGGUAACAGCAGCAAAAAGUGCGACAAUGACCACAACUUCUGACCUUGAUACUGUCCCAGAGGGGUCUGGUGGGGAUGUGAAGGAGAUAUUCGGAGUGAGGAUCGAAAGGAACCCUUCUCAAUUCAAGCUUGAUGAGCUUAGCGUCACCUCCUGGCCCACGUGGACCGGGAAUCCUAGCCAAAUCCCAUGGACAUUUGCUGCAAAGGAGACUAUGUACUUGUUGGAGGGCAAAGUGAAGGUCUACUGCGAUGGCCAUGACGACUUUUUCGAAAUAGGGGCGGGUGAUCUGGUUGAGUUUCCCAAAGGAAUGAAGAUCACGUGGCAUGUCAUAGAAGCUGUGAAGAAGCACUACAACUUAGAUAAAUGAUGUUUGUACAUCGUGGUAGGAAUCAGCAUUAUCCGCCAUGAUUGAGUCUCGUAUGUUUGUUGGCAAUUCUCUAUUUGUCUUGGUAUAAUUCUAAAAUUGUAGUAAUAAUUGGAUCGCGCUGGUUGGAUUAGAGUCACUUGAUGACUAAAUCCACAACGUUCCUUAACUAAUGACUGUGUCUCCAAUUGAAAAUCAUAUCUCGAUAUGAAUACCAAAUCCUCCCACGAGUGGAGCCUUCACGA